UCGGAGCGACAACGCCGAGCGCAACAGGCGAGCGGACCUUCGGCUUCCGACGGCAUCACCGAAACGUUUCCCAGCCUUUUGCUCUUCUUUUCGGAUUUUGCGUGGAAGCGACACGAUCGAAAGCGCGCAGCGCGUUGGCGCGCGCGAGUCCCGAACGCUCUCCACUCAGACGCAUCCGGGCUUCCGGGCCGAGGACGUAACAGGUGGGAGCCGGGAUGGAGGCCCUGGUCGCGGCGCUCAAGAGGCACCCGGGACCCUCGGUGGUGCUCUUCGCCGUCCUCUUCAGGGUGCUCCACGGGCUUCUGGGGAAGGUGACCCCGCCCAAGGUGGUGGUCGGCGACGAGUUCCAAACCUGGAAGUGGAAGAACCUCUCCUUGUCCUUGGUGCACUCCACCCUCACCGGGACGUGGGCUGUCUCCAGUGUGUUGCUGUGGCCCGAGACGCUGAGCGACCUCCACGUGUACCACACGCCGCUCUCCUACCUGCUUGUGUGCGUUUCCACCGGAUACUUUGUUCACGACACGACCGAUAUCGUCGGGACGGGAAACGGAAGACGAUCCUGGGAAUUCCUCCUCCACCAUGCGCUCGUACUCUCGUGCUUCCUGUACACGCUGUACACGCAGCUGUACGUGGCCGGCGCGGUGACGGCCCUGUUGGUGGAGGUGAACAGCGUGACGCUUCACCUGCGGCUGCUUCUCAAGAUGGCGGGCGCCACCUCGUCGGCCGCCUACCGCCUCAACAAGGUGCUGAACGUUUGCACCUUCGUGGCCGUGCGCCUGGCCACUCAGUUCUACGUCACCUGGUACAUCGCCGCAAACUACCCCAGGCUGGACCGCGCCGCCUUCUUCAUGACCUGCUUGAUGGUCAUGAACAUCAUCAUGCUGGUGUACCUGUACCGCCUCAUCCGCUCCGACUUCUUGCCGCGCGCCGGCGAAGCGCACGCGGAGCGCAACGGGACGCGCAACGCCAAGAAGUUCGUCACCGAUUGAGAGGCGAGGAAGCGCCUCAUCGUGGCGGCUUUCGGUCUUUGUUUUGCUCGACCGGACCCCGUGCCCCUCCCUCAAGGGGUUAACAACACGUCUGCCAUGCAGUCAAGGGGUUCUGGGUUCGAAUCUGUGCAUCAUCAACAGAAGAGCACAGUUGCCUAUCAGUCCUAACUGAACAUAUCUGAACUUUUCGGGAGGGGUGGGGCAGAAAAAAUUUUUUUUUAAACAUCUUGCCUCCCAUGACACUCUGAGGAUUACCAGGAUCUGGAUGGCAAGUGAUUUAUUAUUAUUUUUUUUCAAAGCAGGUUGAAGGAGGAGUUUACGGGUAUGGCCCGCAAGCUAAAAAAGCUAAAGCUGUUUUGGAUUUGACUUCCUGUUGAGCCUCAAGUGCAAACUAUGAUGUGCACGAAAGGCAUGAAGUGUAAUUUCCCCUUGACUGUUUAUUGUGCAUGUUAAAUCGCUCCAUGUACAGCACUUUGUAUGCAGCGAUGGCUGUUUGAAAGUGCUCCAGAAAUACCGUUGACUUGACUUGACUAUGAAGGCGGCACUUCAGCACAAUACCCACCAAGUCAAACAAACGUCCACACGUGCACAUUCAACUUUAAGCGCAUUUCACACGUUCAAAUCGUUCCACAACUCAAACGCUAGCCAAAUAUUUACUUUUGUAUCAUUUUAGAUCAUUUCAUAAAGAAGAUAACGAGCGUGAGAAAUUAGGAAGUAACAAUAGCUGAUCUGUUCUGCAAUGCCAUGAUGCCCCCAGUGCCUUUUGAAAACAACUCCUGUAAUAUGACGCAUCGUUUUUGUCCGAAAAAGAAAAAAAUGACAUUUUAAUCUUUAAUCCUCCAACACUUGACUGUGACACUGUCGUGUGUUUUUUUAUGAAGUGGCGACAGGUACGUGUUUUGAGUCUACGAGUGAGAUUGCAUUUUAGACGUGUUUAAAAAGU